AUGGCGUGCAAAAACGAGAAGGGGAAAACAUGCGGGUCAGACGACACCUUCUCAUUGUACAAAAGACGAAACCUGUUCAACCACAGAAACAACCCUGUCAAUUAUCACUUCUGUAUGAAUGAAGAAGAGAUUUCAAGUGGCUGUCAAGCAGGCCAAUGUAUGGCUGGAUGGACUGGAGAGUUUUGUGACAAGAGAGACUGUUCAGAGGACAAGGGAGCAUGUGGUCCGAAUGCGACUUGUAGAUCAUUUCAUAGGGCCGAAUCGGAUAUAACAGAAUGCCAAUAUCCUGACAAUUAUGGUUUGAACAAGAAUGGCGAACUCCAAGAGGUGGGUUCAGUGAUGACGAGCAAGUUGGAAUACAUCGGCUGCUUUGCACUUGUGGUGCACAGCUUGGUCAGACCAGUUUACAGCAGAGUGUUGUGUGAGAGAUUCUGUGUUGAUAUACCAAGUACCUACCUUAUUGGACUCAGUAGAAGAAAGCACAAUUUAGAUCGGACUCGGUAUCAGGAACUUGAAAGUUUAGUACCGAUAUAUCGGUAUCGGAAAUGUGAAAAAUCCGAUGCAGACAUAAAUCCCAAUAUUUAUGAUCAAAACAGGGCAGGAUUUAUCGGACGUGUGUUAACCCUGGAGGGUAGAAUGUGUUUCUGCGUUGAAAAAGCUUCCUACCCAGUAUCAACAAAACCUGCCAUGUUGAUAACACAUGCACUGAUCGAUGCUGGCUCUGUAGUUCCUGAUGAUGCGAAAGUUUUCAAUAAUUUAUUUUCAUUAACCAUAGAAUUAUGCAUGAAGAUCUGUGCUGAAAACUCAUUACCAUUGGCUUAUCUCACAGUUACUAUAUUUCAUAUCAAAUGA